UGCCUCAGAGAGUCACAGACCAAACAGGAGCCCAGGAGAGACUUUCACUGUGGAUUAACUUGGCCCGAGUUUACCCCAGGGAAUCUUCAUGAAGAUGGACUCUGAAGGUUGUUCCUUAACGGAGAAUAGCUCUUUGCAUCUGGAGAGAGGCCAACAAAAUGAUGCCAGGCUCUCCCGUUUUACAACGAGUCAUGAAGGAUCUCUCCAAGUGCCCAUCCCAUGUGCUGUGAUGGGCGUGGUCUUCACCACCCUUUUAAUUAUAGCUCUCAUCGCCUUAUCAGUGGGCAAAUACAAUUGUCCUGGCCAGUUCUCAGUGCCUGCACCAGAAGGCGCCGCUGCUUCCUGCUCAGAUGACUGGGUUGGUUACCAGAGGAAAUGUUACUACUUCUCCACUGAAACACACAGCUGGCCCCUGGCCCACAAUUCCUGUUCCAGACUUGGUGCUACUCUUGCAGUCGUUGAUUCGGCAAAGGACAUGAUCUUUCUAAAGCGAUAUGCGGGGAGAACAGACCAUUGGACUGGGCUGAAAAAAGAGGCUGGUCAGUCAUGGAAAUGGCCAAAUGGCAAAGAAUUUAACAACUGGUUCAACCUUACAGGGUCCGAGAACUGUGCAUUUCUGAACAGCACCAGCAUUGGCAGUGCAGAAUGCGAAAGGGAUUUACAUUGGAUCUGUAGCAAACCCUCCAAAGAAUGAAGAAAUCUUUUCGAAACUAUAAACUGUUGUAUGUGAAGGAAUGCUGCUCUACUGCUAGAACUUUCUGAGAAAGACUUUGUGAGAAAGCUUUGUAGCAUCCUGGAAAUCUUUAAAACAGGACGGUGGGAAAAGGGACAGGCAUUUCAGGAAGAUCUGCAUUGAACACUUCUUUUAUUUUUUAUUUUUAUUUUUUGUCGUGAGAUGGAAACGUCACAGGUUGGCUGAUUGUCGUGUGGAAGAAUGAGUAUGAGGAUUUUUCAGAUGCACUUUAUGUCUAUUUUCAACCCAGGAAUGAGAGACUCACUGGGUUUGGACUCAUUAUUUAUUGUUGAACCACCACCAGUGAAGGGCCCUUCACGUACUUGCACUAUUUGGAAGAGUUGGAGGGUCGCUCUGCAAAUUGAAUGUAAACCAAGGGGGUUUUGCGUGAGCGAGAUGCUCAGUACAGGUGAAUGCUUUACACUCAGCAUUCACGAGUGGACACGUGCUUACGGAAGGAAACUUUGCAACAGGUCCCUCUUUUUAGAGAAAUUUGCCAGUUUGUCACUUUUGCUCUCAAAAGAGAGUUGGUUAUGUACAUGCAUACUUUCUUAAUUGCAGGAUAUUUUUGAUAUCUCUGCUUUAAAGCCUUCUAUGCAAUGUUCUGCAGAGAAGCCAUAAAGGCAAAGAAUAGGAUGAAAUGUGUAAAACAGAUAAAUUUGAAAAAUGUACCAUGCGUGGUAUGGUAAAUCUCUAUCAGGAAAUAUUUCAUAAUAAUCAAACAUAGACUAAUACUAUAAGGUUGUACCUUCCCUAAUACAUGUUUGUUAUCAUGUGCAAUAUACAUCAUGUGAAAAUAUUUUCCUAUGUGCAAUAAAGCAUGUCAAUCUGUUCAUAUUUCAAAUUGAGUGCAGUUAAGCUGUUUUUUUGUGCACAUGAAAAUAAACGUAGAAUCAGUA